GUAUCAGAGUUCAGACAAACAUGGCGACCUCUAACACGGAAGAUCACGCGUUGGUCGCAAAAGUGGGAUUGACAAAUCUAAAGAUUGUGAUACAAUUAUUGAAAGCUAUCAACUUUAAGGAGAUAGCUACUUGCCUCUGCAGUGAAAACGGGUUGAAAGUCACGGUCGAAGACGCAAAAUGUAUGCAGGCCAGCGCGUACAUCCCGUCUGCAGUUUUCGACGAGUUCGAGUUGAAAGAGGACACGACAUUUUCACUAAGUUUAAACAUAUUGGUAGAGUGCCUUUGUAUGUUCUGGCCUACCUCGCAAGAAGACUCCGUUGCGGUGCAAAUGUUUUACAAAGGCACAGGUUAUCCUGUGAGCAUUAUCAUUGAAGAGGACGGUGUCAUAACAGACUGCUCGUUAAAAACUUUAGAAAUAGACGCAUUGUUAGACUUUCAUCUUGACCCAGAAAACGUCGUAAAUAAAGUAGUGUUGCAAACAGAAUUAUUGAAGGACAUCGUGGCCGAGUUAGACCCAACUAGCGAACUAGUCGAGUUCCAUUUAUCGCCGAAGAAACCCUUCUUCAGAAUCAGCACGGAAGGUCUAGGCGGUAUUUGUCACGUCGACUUGCCGCACGACAGCGAUCUAAUAGACACGUUUCAGUGUACGUCUACGACAACGUCCAGUUUCAAAUUAACGCACAUUAAACCGGCGAUGAAAGCGUUAUCGUGCGCUAACAAAGUCUCCAUAAGAAUCAAUAACACCGGCCUGAUGAGUUUUCAGUAUAUGAUUAAAACCGAAUGUGGACAGACAUGUUACAUGGAAUAUUAUAUUUCUCCAUUAAUUGAUAUGGACGUUUAAAUGGCGAUGAACGGUUAAACUGUGAUACGGACGUAUCAAGCAAGAGGUAAAAUAUGUCACGAUGUGCGUAUUUACGUUCCAAAGGUACUUAAUAAAUAUAAUUUAAUAUAUUUUUUUACUCAAUAAAUUAAUAAUUAUUACAUUGCCACGAUGUGCUCAUAUCUCUAUCUCGCUCUACGUAUAAAACAUUAAUUUUCACAUUAAACACUUUAUUUAAUAAGCACCCAAACAUA